AAUUAGAAACUUAUUCAUUCAUCAUUGUUUUCAUUCGCAUCAAAGAUAAUAAUAUUAUACUGACAUCGAUACGGCACAACUUGAAUCGGCUAUUUAUUGGCAUUGGUAUCGUAUUCUCAACGCCAAUAUAGCCAAAGAUAGUAAAUAGCUCUGCACAGCCUAGGCCUAGGCCUAUACCAUUGCCUGGGCUAUUUCAGCAACACAAUAAUCGAACAAUUCUCGAGAUACUGUACUGAUUACUUUUUAAAAAAGCAAUUUACAAAUAGUCGAAGAAAGUAUUCGCAAGUUUUAACUUCUUCAUAGAUCAUUUUUCUUGAGACCUAAAAGAUCUCCGCCGUCAUACAUUAUUGCAUAUUUUAUAUAUAUAUAUCUAUAUAUAUUUUAAAGUUUACUCGUAUUGGUUCAUUUUGUUUCCAUCUGUGCUGUAAUUUCGAAUUUGUCCUCAACCGUGUUAUGGAGAGGAGAGGUAAUGCGCCUUGUGUCACCGCUUUUCCAGUGGACUUACAUUAUUAUUAGGCUCUAUGCUAAGACGUCAACAAUCAUAGCUUUGGAAAGAGCUAAACUUAAAGGCUCUGUCUGUACCUCCUUUCACGAUGACUGAAAAGACUUUAGCAGAGCAGUUACAAUCUGUCAAACUCAAAAGUACGGGGGAACUCACAAGAGAUUACUCAAGCCCCAAAACAGGGGGAUUUCUGCAUCAAGAUGAAAUAAAUGCGUAUCAGGAAAGUGUUUUGGAUGCUAAUAUGGAAGAAUGGCUUCAAUAUUUGAAAGACUUCACAUUCCCAAGUGAAUUUGUUCCUAUCACUAUAGAUGAAGCUAAUAUGUUUGUGAAUGUUUAUCGAAGGCUUUUUGCCAAUCUUGAUCCUUCUGGAAUAUCAACAAUUUCUUGGAAAGAAAAUUUAAGUGCGGAGGAACUUGUGAAAGUAGAAGAUAUAUCAUGUAGAUUGCAAACAGCGAUAGAUUCUUUUACAAGAAAAGAAGAAGCAAAGUUUGUGUUCAUAAAACUGUCAAGUCGCAGUCCAAAAGAUGCUCCUCUAGCUCAAGACAGAUUCAAAAGCUUGUAUAAACACUACCUCGAGAAAGAACAGAAAGAAGAACGUUUUCUGGAAAAUACUCAGAUUAAGUGUUUACUUAAAGCUUGUUUUGAAGCGUUACGCAUGUCAACGGCUGAUGAAGCCUUGGAUGCUUGUUUUAGAAGCGAACGUACAUAUCAGGACCUUUUGUUAGCCCUCGCAGUCCCUGAUCGGUUCAGAGAAAAUUGGGUCAUUAGAAAGUUUGUGGAGAUAGAUGUUGACAUGGAAUUCAGAGCUUUUGUCUCAAACAGAAGAAUGACUGCAAUUUCACAAUACAACUUUUUGUAUUACUCCAAGAGGCUCAAAGAGAAUCAGCAAUAUUACUGUGACCUAAUUCACAGAUUCUAUGAACAAGAAAUUGCAGAGAAGUUGCAGGGAUUUUUGCACAGUUUUAUCAUUGACUUUGCAGUUUGCGGAGAAGGUUCAAAGAUAUGGGUUAUUGAAAUCAACCCAUUUCUGCCUACAACAGAUUCAGCAUUGUUCAGCUGGGAACGUGAGAAACAGUUGCUCGAAGGUUCCCAUCAGGAUUUGGUUUUCAGGGUCACUGAAAAGCCUAGACCAGGUGCGAAAAGCAUGCUUCCAGCUGGAAUGAAAGACCUGAUCAAUGCAUGCAAAUCAGAAAAUUAGAUCCUUCAUAAUUAUUGUCAUGUUGUGUUCAUGUGUUUAUGUGUGUUUCUAAAUAUAAGUUUGGUGUGUAUGCACAUUUUUCUGCGGAAUGUUUCAUUUAGUUUUGUUCUCAUUUCUUUUUACCUUUCAAACUUAAAUCUUUUACAGUGUAGACCUACCCUAUUUCUUAUUCUCUGCAGUUAUCCAGGCAUGUAAUGCCAUUCAUAAUUUUCUUGUGUGCUCUGUGUAGAUGCUUAAAACCCUUUAUAAGAAACACUCUUCAUUGGCAAGUUAAAUAAUAAUAAGUAAUUCUACUACUAAUAUUAUUUGAGCUUUACAGACACAAAAUAGAAAGCGUUCUAGCUCCUGAAUCCCAUUCCCAAGAAAUUAAUACUGAUUUAAAUCAAACUGUAAACCUUUUAAAUCAAACAGCAAUCCCUCCACUUCGUGUCUGAUUUCUACUAGAAUGGACUGUCAUGAUUGUCCACUAACAUUAAUUUUCUAAUAACACAAAUCGAAAUUUUCUGUUCCUUGUCUUUUCAAAAAUAUCUUUUUCGAUAAGUUCUUUUGACUUGGUCAGGUCAUCUGCUGGUCAGUUCUCAGCAGUGAUGAGUAUGGAACUUUGUCAUUUAAAUUUUGAUUUCUAAACAGAGCUCUACUAUUCUGAUGGUGGACAAGUGUUAUGCAUAGUGGCUAAUGCUCAGUUGUGUAGACAGUACUGCUUUGUUUUGAUGCUGUUAUAGACUGCAUGUUGCAUGCUAACAAAAAUGUAUGUAUCACAAUCUUUAUUAAAACAGGCCAUGGAUCUAAUUUUGGUGUAAUCUAUCAUCUCAACCGUAUGUAUACUUUGGGUUGAGUUUGACACUGCAGCCACUUCUGGUUGAGUAGUGUUUGUUUUGCACAUUGCUAUGAUUUGGAUGAGGAGUCAGGUUUGUUUCGAGCUUGUGGGUCGUGAAGUGGUUAGUUGUUGACUUGUGGUAGAUUCAACAGAAUCAACAGUCUGACUGCAUCAGCUCGACCCGUGAAGAGCUGAAACUUUUCAAUCAGGCGGAUCAACAGUGGUGCUGUGUCGUCUUCGCAAGCUGUGAUCGUUUACUGCAGGACCUUUUGCUGGGGUCUGCAUGACGUUGUCGUCAGGUUCAUCCUUCCUUUCGUGAAAAGGUAUUUAUUUUGGUCUCAAAUGCACCCUAUUCUUGAUGAAGGUGCCUCCAGCUUCCCCUUCCAUUUUAUAGGAUCUGAUGUCGAUCUUUUCUUUGAUUUUACCUGCGUUCCAACCGGGUUUAUCAGGAGUUGGGUAAUAAACAGUCUGACUCUUUUGCAGGGGAUUCAUAUCUCUGGCCUUUCUGUCAAAUAGUCUCUUGACUUUCAUCUUGCGAGCUAUUAAUCUUUUCAUGUCAUUGUCUGGAACAUAAUUUUACUUUUUCAUUUGAGGCAAGAGCGUUCUUAUUUCUGUCUGAAACAUCAUCUGGGUUGGAACUGUCCAGUCUUGUCUUGGGGUGUUUCUAAGUUCUAAAAGUGCUUCGUAUUGAUCUUCGUAAUCAAGCACACAACGUUUCAUCCUGGUUUUUAUUAUUUUUACUGCCGAUUCAGCCUUUCCAUUGGCUUGGUGAUGGCCCGGAGAUGAUCGUACAUGAGUGAUACUCCAGUGUUGUGUGAACUGUAUGAAAGUGGAAGCUGUAUACUGUGAUCCACAGUCAGUGACAGGCAUUUUUGGCACUCCAUAUGUAGCAAAAUGUGAUUUCUUUUUGGUGAUUUCCGUUUCAGAUGUCGAUGUUGGCAAAUAGUCGGCCUCAAGGAAAUUGGAAAAUAGUCUACCAGAACUAGAUACUGUGAACCUUUUAUUUUAAAAAUAUCAGAUCCAAGCUUUUCCCAUGGUGCUCGUCCACUACUGUGUUGUACCAGUAUUUCUCUCUGGUUUCUUGGCUUGCUCUGCUGACAACUGUCAGCCAUUUGUUUUAUUUCAGCAGUUAUGCCUGGCCUGAAAACAGUCGGCUUGCCCUUCUCAGCAUGCUCUCUGUUGCUAGGUGAGCUGCAUGCAGUCUUCUCUUUAUGAUCUCCUCUCCUAUUGACUUUGGUACAAGGAAUUUUUCUCCUCUUUUUAAUCAGCCCAUUUUCAAUACUCUUAGAAUACACUCAACAAUGAGAGGCAGUAAAAAUAGAUAUUUCCUACUUAAUAAGGCCCAUUGCUUUCAGACAUUCACGUUGCGAUUUUGAAGAUACUCAGGUAAAGGAUAGAGGUUCCUGAACAGUAUCAUACUUUAGUUAUCUCGAGAAAUUGGUUCAGGUUGUGUACAGCUACUGAUGUUUUUUAAGUAUACACACUCUCAUUUGCUCUUUCCAGUGAUAAAGAAAACCUUAUUGAAAUUUUUAAAAUUCAUACCAGGAUCAAACAACUGUAAUUGAAAAGGGUUAACUACAUUUCUUGCCCCCAGCCUUCCAUCCUCCUGAGGUUUUCAAGAUCUUUUAAUUUCUGAGUAAUCAGAGUAGAAAAGUUUUUGUCUCCUGAUUUGGGAAAUGAAGUUCAUGUAUUAUAUUAUUUGGCUCAGGGUGUGUUUUUUUGUUGGCUUUU